AUGUUACACAGUUACAAAGAAGAGAUUGGAAAUUUAUUUGUCAGAACUCGAGCUGUGUCGAAGGCAAUGGACUUACUGAAAACGAAAGGCUAUGUAUUUUUAAAGGGAAAUCCAGGGGACGGAAAAACAACACUAUCAAAACACAUUUUAAAUGAGCUACAAAGUAAGGAAGGGAUGCGUCCACUCCAGAUUUUUUCAGUAAAAACCCUCUAUGAAACCAUACCAACAUGUUCUAAUUUGGCGAUUUUCCUAGACAAUUUGUUUGGCGAAAUAACCCUGGAAGACCAGGAGCUUCACGUUUAUGAAAAGCAGCAGCAUGUUAUAAAAGAAACUGUCAACGAUAAUAAUGUGAAUGGAAAUAAAUUAAUUGUAACAAUAAGAAACGACAUUUAUAGCGAAUGCUUGGGCAUCAUGAAAGAAAGUUCAUUCUUCAAUAACUCUUUUGUCGAUUUAUCAACAGGGGAAUAUUCUUUGAACCUGAAAGAACUUGAAACGUUUGUAACUAAAUACAAUCUUGAGCAAUUCUUAUCAGGCAACAUACUCCAGGAAGUACUGAAUUUGGGCAAAUCUAUUGGAAUGCCUCAAUGUUUAAAACUAAUGAAAGAAAGCACCCGCAUAGAAAAUAUAGAGAGUGUUUUCACGGAUCCCUAUAAACACCUUAAUAAGGAAAUUCGUAGAAGAAUUGAAAAGGGUGAACCUAAAACUGCCGUUCUCGUCUACAUUUUAUUGCACGGAGGAAGAGUUAAUAAUGACUUAGUGAGGAAUCCUGCACAUGAUAAAGAAUUGAAAUUGAAAGCUAUGGAAAUAGUAGAUAUAAAAAAUAAAACCCUUUGGGAAUUUCAAAACUGCAUAGAUCUCUACGAAGGUCUAGAUGACCAUGGACAGUCUAUGCUAGUUCAUUUUGCUGAGUUUGGUAAUUUGCAAUUGGUCAACCUACUUCUUCCAUCAUCCUCUGCUGAGCAGAAAUAUAUCUCUUUAAACAAAGCAAGUGCUAAGGAUCAUUUAGAAGUGGUUGAUUUUAUUUUAAGAAAAGAUUCCGUUUUUGAUAUGAAAACAUGCUUCUUUGCUGUGCAAAGUGGUAAUAUUGAAAUGGUUUUACGUUUCGCAAGAAAGAUGCAUCUAAAGCAGAGAGCCUUCUCAAAUCAUGCAAGAUGGGCUAACAUUCGUGGGGGUCUUUUGCACGAAGUAAUUUUUUUUGGGCAGAAUCAUUUAAUUCAACCACUUUUACAGGAGUUUCCUGAUUUAGCUUCUGUUGUUAAUAGUACAGGUGGCAGUGCUCUCCAUUUUGUUGCUUUUGCUGGAGAAAAAGAAGUAUUCACAUUUUUAGUUCAGAAUGGUUGUGACCCUUACUGCAGAACAUCACAUGGUACAACUGUUCUCCAUUACGCAUGUCAAAAUGGCAAAUUGAAUAUGGUUGAACAUCUCUAUGAGAAAUACCACAUCUUGUUUACAUCAGAAUAUAAUGAUUUUGAAGGACAAUCUUGUCAAAAUUGGGCUGCACAAUCUGGAAACCUUGAGUUAUAUGAAUACCUGUUGAACAAAAAUGUUAAAUAUAAUGAUGACUCAAACACACCACUGCAUAUGGCUUGUCAAUCAGGGCAAUAUGAAAUGUUCAAAUAUUUGCUAGAAAAACACCCAGAGGCACUCUCAAUUAAAAACAGAGAAGGUUAUGCAGUUCUUCAUUAUGUGGCAAAUGGAGGAAACAUUCAAAUUCUCAAAUUAUUGUUGGAAAGAAAUGUCCAAAUUGAUGAGUUAACAGACGACGAUAAAACGGUCCUUCAUGUUGCAAGCUCAUUCAGACAGUUUGAACUCGUUCAAUAUUUAGUAAAUGAACAUUCUUUCCUUUUACAUAAAAAAGAUAAAAAGGGGGAAAGCGCGCUACAUUGCGCAGCUUGGGGAGGAAACCUUGAUCUAUUUAAAUAUCUUAUAGAAAAAGGUUUGAAAGUAAAGUGUAAAACAAGUAACGAACAAACUGUAUUGCAUAUGUGUUGUAAAAAUGGUAAAGUAGAGAUCGUCAAAUAUUUGAUGUACAAUUAUCCUGAUCUAUUUCCACUGAAAGAUGAGGACGGGGUAACUGCUUUGCAUGAAAUGGCAAGAUCUGGAGAAUUUUCAGGAUUCCGAUUUUUAUUUCAAAGUUGCAAAGAAGUAGAUCCUUAUAUUAAGACAAAAAGUGGUAGAUCUCUUUUACAUUUCGCAAGCCAGGGUCAGGAUAAAGAUACAGUCAAGUUUUUAUUAGAGUCAUACCCACAACUACGAUGUGAACGUAAUGAAAAUGAAUAUACAGUUUUACAUGAUUCGGUUAUUGGUGGUAAUGAGGAGAUAUUUCGAUAUUUAAUUAGCAAAGGACUUGCAAUUGGUGAUGUUACUAAGGAAGGAAAAUCUGUUCUUCACUUGGCGGUUGAAUAUGGACAUAUUGACUUGUGUAAGUUUAUUGUUGAGCAUGAACAAAACCUUUUAGAUUUAGAAGAUCGUGACG